AUGGACUUUUUCAAGAAGGUAGUGGGCGGCGAACAGAAGCCACUGCAAGAAGACGCAGAUUCAGACUUCGCCGACUUCGCCGCGGCUCCUGAUCCGUCUCCAAUUCACAUUCCAGCUUCUCCUGCCGAUGCAGCCGCUGCUGAGCCCACCGGACCUCUGGGACGAGGGCCGGUCGUACCAUACACAAGAUGGUAUCGUGUGUGGGAACGCACACAACCCUCGGACUUCUAUCUGGAGAUGACAUUGAUUCCAUUUAUCUUUCUGGCUCUCCUAAUUCAUUUCUGGGGCUCGUCGGUCAAUAAGAGAAAGGCGAGGAAGUGGAUGGCGGUCCACCAACCUGUGCUCGAGAAUGAAUUUGCCUUGGUUGGCUACCACCGUGCGCCCAAGGAUGUUUCUGCCUCCGAAGCGACGCAGGGUGACAGUCUACUUGAAGCCGCGAACAAGCUUGAUGGCAAGAAUCUGGCGGAUGACCUUUUGAAAGAGCAGGCUGCCUACGAAUAUCAAACAUACGCCAGCGGCCGCGCCAAUGUUGCAUUCAUGGACGCAAAGAUCAUUCUGCACCGUCGCAUGAACCCCGCGCAGAUGAUUGCGGAGCAGAUUGUGGGCAUGUUCUUCGACUCGGUCAAGCCCAAGAAAGAGCGCGUUGAAGCCGUGCUCUAUACGUUUGACGGCAACGAGAAGAACUUUGUCCCACCGCGCGUGCCAGGUGCGGAAGAAGUAGAAAAGGUCAAAGCAACUGGGAAUUCUUCGUACGAUCCUUUCGUGUUCGCCAUCGUGAGCAAGCUUGAGAUGCGCAAGUUCCGCGACGAGCGCUACGAUGCUUCUCUUACCUUCACCAAGGACAACGCUAAGCUUCCAGACUGGACCACUGUGAUGAGCGAGAGCGCCGAGAUCACCGAGACCCUGCUUACAAAGGACUUGGUCUCGGCUGUCGAGAAGGCAGGAGAUCUGUUGGAGUACCUCAUCAUUACCGACCAACCAACCGACAAGCCGGCCACGAUCGACGAGACGACGCAGAAGAAGCGCAUCCAUAUCUCCUUGCGCCUGCCCAGCAAUGGCGACUACAGCUCCACUCUCCCGUUGUUCCAGGCUUUCCUCCGCCUUCCUGACCACCUGGUCAGCCAGGCUCAUUUCCGGCCGGAAGUGAUGCGCAAGGUCAAUCAAGUGCGCGAGGCGGAAAAGAGCAAGCUCAAGAAGGUUGCGGAUAAAGAGACGGAAGAGGAGAGAUUGAGACAACUUGAAAAGAUGAAGAAGGAAGAGCGCGACCGAAAGCUCAAAGGCAUGAGUGCUGAGGAGCAGAGGAAGUUCCUAGACCGGGAAGCGGAGAAGAAUCGCAAGAAGCAGGAGAAGAAGAUGACGCGGAGAGGUUAG